GGGUUUGCUGGAAGAAGCCUAAGAAGGGGCGGGACUCGCGGGAGUUUCCGGCAGGCUCUGGGCGGAAGUGUGGGUAGCAGCUGGACGGGUGAGCCGGCGUAGCUAGCAGCAAUGAGGACGAGGGCUGAAGAACUCCGCUGUGCCGUGGAGCUGCCCCCGGGUUCGCGGGAGCCAAGUGCGGAUGCAAAUGCUGAGAAAGGAAGUAAAGACAACUUGCCUGUGGUGAUACUGCUUGGGUGGGCUGGCUGUAAGGAUAGAUACCUGGCAAAAUACAGCACCAUCUACCUUAAGAAGGGGUGCAUAGUGAUCCGCUACACGGCUCCCUGGAGGUUGGUGUUCUUUUCAGAAUCCUUGGGUAUAAAGUCCCUGCAGAAUUUGGCCAAGAAGCUGCUGGAGGUCCUCUUUGACUUCAAAAUGGAGACGAAGCCCCUACUUUUUCAUGUCUUCAGCAAUGGUGGUGUUAUGCUCUACCGUUACAUUGUGGAGCUUCUUCAUACUCAUCAGCAAUUCCAGCAACUGAAAGUGGUGGGAACUGUGUUUGACAGCGCUCCUGGCAGGAAGAACCUGAGGGGUGCUCUCCGUGCCCUGUCAGUUGUGUUAGAAUCAACCAAUGUGUGUGUAAAAUACCUUCUUCUACUGACAUUUGGAGUUCUGGUGGUGACGUUGCGGAUCAUACUGUAUCCUUUGUCCCGCUUUUUGAAUGAGACUCACUAUGACGCCAUGCUGAAACAACCCUGUUCCUGGCCUGAGCUGUACCUCUACUCUAAGGCUGAUGCCGUUAUUCAAGCCAGUGAUGUGGAGAAGAUGAUAGAGGCUCGGCAGCACAAUCGGGUUCUGGUUAAGGCUGUGGAUUUUGUGGAUUCUGCUCACGUUGGCCAUCUGCGGGCAUAUCCCACCUUAUAUGUGGCUCAUUGCACCUCCUUCAUGUACAACUGCAUUGGGGGUAUUUAGGCUCACUAGGGUUGCAGAUAUCAGUAUUUGCCUCAUCUUGUACCCAAUACAUGCAAAACCAUUCAUAAUUGUUCUUGAUAAAAUGCUGGCCAUGCCUGUCACCAGUGGAAGCCAAAGUGUUUCUUGGAACCUGAAUAUCUGAAACUGCCACGUUGCUGAGCAUUAGGAACUAAGACUGCUGUAUAGAUCUGGGAAAGUCCAGAUUGAUGUAACUUGCAAUGCAUUUUUUCCUCUUGAUUUUAUCAAUGGAAUGGUGGAAAAUGCUCUGUAACUGAUGUGUGUGCAUGCACACACAAACACAAAAUCGGUCCUAGGAAAAGCUGUAUACUGUGACCAGCAUAUAUGUAUGUAUAUUUGCUUAUUUUAUAAACUUUGACUCUGCUGCUCAUGAGGGAUGCAGAGCUGUACAGAGCACCAAAGCCCUGCCUUCCUACCUAGUGAAAGUCUUCCUGUUUUGCUUCUGAGAUUUUACCAAGCACAGACUUUGAAGUCUAUCUGGGUCCAUUAUUACAUUCCAUGUGUUUGCUGCAUGUAUAUAGAAUUGCUGAAUAUAUAAAGACAUGCCUAUA